AUGAAAGAACGUGCUCUCAACGAAGUAACGCCAAUCGGUAUGAUUUAUAAAGAAGAAAUUGCCAAAGCGGCCAUGACUCGAUCGGCUUUGGCUAUCUUUCGAACUAACACUGAAAUUUAUCAAGGUAUUGUCAAAGCUCGUCGAAAAACAUCACCAGCAUUACCACAUUCCAGCUUAUUCACCAUUCCAGAUAUAUAUAAAUCUACAAUGGAUGGCAAACGUUUUUUGUUGUAUGAUGGGUCGCCCGUCAGACCAGAACUAUCUAUGGAUGGAACGUUCAGCAAAACACCACCUAAUUUCCGUCAAAUUAACAUUAUCCAUGCGGUGAAUUUUGAUAUUUGUUUACCAUGUGUAUUUGGGCUGCUAGAGAUCGCAUCUGAACGUGGUAAGUGUUUCUCACCCAUGUUGAUAACAACUGAUUUUGGAUCUGCAGUACUUCCUGUAUUAAUAUUGGAAUUUCCAGGUUCGAAACAUAUGGGAUGUUUCUUCCACUUCUGUCAAGCAGUGUACCGCCAAAUACAAUCUCUAGGACUACAACAGCAGUAUACAGAAGAUGAAACAUGCCGUUGCCUGUGUCGAAAGUUAAUGGCACUGGUUUUAAUGCCAACAGAUUAA